AUGCAGAAGACGCACGAUAUCCAAGCGGCCAUCUGGAAAAGCGGCUUGGAUAUCAGCAAACGCUAUCAGGCAAUUUGUGGGGUAGUGUUGAACGACCCACUUAACUACCUCAACAUGCCCUCCGACACACGCGCAGUCAAGAAAAAUACGUAA